CGUUGCCUAAAUUCAUUCCCUUUUCUGCGAGUGCAACGAGUUUGUGUCGCGUUGCAAGUGUUUUUUGUUGUUUAAAAAUAAAAAAAUUACAAAAAACCAUAAGUGAAAAAAUAUGGCGGAAUUGCAGAAACUAAGUGAUGCCAUUGUGCACGAAUAUCUCAAAACCAAGGACAAAAACUUAGCUCGUGUGUUUGAACAAAAAGUCAAUGCGCCGCCUGUGGGUAAAAAUACGCCAAAACUAUCAGAGAUAUUGUCAUUUUAUCAAAGCAAAAAUGCAAUAAAGAUUCCGCCCGUCAAGAGCGCAGGCACCGAAAGCGACAGUGAUGACAGUGAAGAUGAUACUGCAGCUCAGCCGCAAAAGAAAGCAGCUGUGACCAACGGCAAUGCUGCUAAAAAAGCUACUGAUUCUGAUUCAUCAAGCAGCGAAGAGGAGAGCGAAGCUGAACAACAGCCCGCCAAAAAGACACCAGUAAAGGCGGCGGCGCCUCCAAAGAAAGCGGCCCCAUCCAGCAGCGAAGACAGUUCCAGCGAAGAAGAGCCCGCCAAGAAGCCAGCUCCUGCUAAAGCAGCACCUGCUAAGGCAGCUCCCGCUAAAGCAGCGGCUGAAUCCAGCAGCGAGGACAGCAGCUCCGAUGAGGAAGUAGAGCAGAAGAAGGCCGCGACGGCUGUCAAGGCUGCUCCCGCUAAGAAAGCAGCAUCAUCCUCCAGCAGCGAAGAGUCCUCCGAGGAAGAAGCACCAGCCAAGAAGGCGGCACCAGUAAAGACAGUUGCCAAACCGACACCUGCUAAAAAGGCCGAGUCCAGCAGCGAGGAAAGUUCCAGUGAUGAUGAGCCAGCAGCUAAGAAGUCACCAUCUGCAGCCGCAGCUAAGCCAGCUGCUAAAGCCGCUGCUUCGAGCAGCAGCGAUGAUAGCGACUCCGAGGAGGAACAGAAGAAACCCGCAGCUCCUGCCAAGGCUGCUCCAAAGUCGCCGGUGAAGCCUGCACCAGCCAAGAAGGCUGCUGCCUCAUCUUCCAGCGAAGAUUCGUCGGAUGAGGAGGAAGCACCCAAAAAGGCAGCACCAGUCAAACCAACGCCUGCCAAGAAGGCAGCAUCAAGCUCUUCGGAUUCAUCAUCCGAGGAAGAGGAACAACCCAAAAAAGCCGCUGCUAAACCAGCUGCUGCGCCAGUCAAGAAAGCCGCAGCUAAAGAUGACUCUGAGGAUUCCUCAGAAGAUAGUGACAGUUCCGCUGAUGAAAAACCCGCCGUCAAACCGGCUGUGAAGAAAGCAGCAGCAGCACCUGCAAAGAAAGAUUCUUCGUCUGACGAUUCUGAUUCUGAUGAGGAGGAAGCAGCCAAGCCAGCUGCCAAGGUGGCGCCAAAGAAGGCAGCUGCUAGCUCGUCGGGCAGCAGCUCAUCUGAUGAGGAUGAGCCGCCAGCCAAGAAGAAGCCCGUGGCCGCCAAAAAGGAGGAAAGCGAUGACUCCGAUUCCGAUUCUGACGAGGCAGAAGCGGCCAAACCCGUUGCCAAUGGCAAUGGCCCGAAAGCAGGACAAAAACGCAAGUUUAGCGGUGGCGAUGAUGAAGGUGCAACACCCAACAAGAAGUACAACAAUUUCGUGAAAUCUGGAGAGCAGCAGGAAGGAGGAUUCCAGAAGUUCAGCAAUGGUCGCGGACGCGGCGGCUCCGGAUUUGCCGGUCGCCCCGAUAGAAGCAAAUGGGAGACCAAUGGCGAUGGCGAAGGUGGUUUCAAGAAGUCUGGAGAUCGCAAAAGCUUUGGUGGCUUUGAAAACAAAUCCUUUGAUGGUGGACGUGGCGGUCGCGGAGGCGGCGGCCGAGGACGUGGCGGUGGCAAUGACCGUGGACGUGGUGGUGGCGGCCGUGGCGGCGGAGGUGGUUUUGGACGUGGUCGCGGCGGUGGCGGCGAUCGAGGUGGACGUGGUGGAUUUGGACGCGGCGGCGGCGGUCGUGGAGGCGGCUUUGGCAAUAAAUCAUUUGACUCGGGGCCCAAGCAAAAUAAGAAAAUCACAUUUGAUAAUUAGUGCAUAGAUUAAAUUAGACACCGAACACAAAACUCAAAAGAAUGAUUUCCAAAAAUUCGUUUAACGAAAUAAGUUAUCAAUAUUUUUGAUAGAUAGAUUCGUUAACAUUUUUGGAGCUUAUUUUGUUGGCUUUUGUGUUUUACUAUAAGAAGGAGCCCAACACAGAAAUUCAAACACAUACAACACACUCGCUAAACAACAGACUCUUCACACGCAAAUCAACAAGAUAUUUUUAAAACAAAAAUAACUGUUAUAUAACAAAUUUUUAUACAGAAAAACGCUGCCGGCUCUUGGGGCGAGCGCGCCAACAAAGAUUUGAAAUUCACGCGUGGAAAAUCGUUCAAGCACGAGAAGACCAAGAAGAAGCGCGGCAGCUACCGAGGCGGUCAAAUUGACACGGGCGUUAAUUCAAUAAAAUUUGACUAGAUUUAUGUUAGCACAUAACAUAUACAAAACAAAAAUAAACUUAUUAAAAUAAU